UUAAUCCACAAACAUCUUUUCCCAACUCAAAUUCAUGCGCAAUCAACAAAGGAAAUUGCGAAGAAGGUUCUUCCACAGACUGAUACAAAAAUACGUUUUUAAGGACAAUCUCUCAACCUACACGGUUGUCUUACUUACCGUCAGAUGAAUGCAUUUCCAGUUGUUUCGCAGUAGGCUUUUUUGGACGGUAGAGAGGAGGGAUAUAUGAAAAAUGGACCGCAAAUUGUUCGAGGCAGCAACAUCAGGAGAUGUAAGGUUUGUACAAGAGGCAAGCGAAGCUCUUCACCGGGAGGUGACCGCCGACGGGAAUUCAGUGCUCCACAUCGCAGCAAAGCUCGGGCACAUGGAGCUUGCCGAAGCUCUAUGCCUCAAGCAGCCCUCCCUCAUGAAGUCGUCCAACUCGAAAGGAGACACCCCGCUGCACUGUGCGGCAGCAGCUGGCCAUGUAGCGAUUGUGGACCUCUUCGUCGUCCACAGGGCUUUUUUGUUUGAUGAUCCCGUAUUUUCUGAAGUGUAUGGAGUACCGUGGAUGACGAAUAAUGCCGGAAACACUGCCCUCCAUGAGGCAACAUGGAAUGGGCAUCGGGCGGUCGUUGAGCUACUGAUGUCGGCCGCUCCGGAUUUGGCAGACGUGGAGAACGCCACCGGGGUGUCCGCGCUCUACAUGGCAGCCGAGAGGGGAUCGGUGGAGAUUGCGAAGGAAUUGCUCAAGUCUCCGACUGCCUCGGACGAAGGACCUCGCGGCCAGACAGCACUGCAUGCAGCCGUACUCAGGAGCUACGAUAUAACAGAAAUGAUACUAGACAAAAAGCCAAACUCCGUGAGACCUCAAGAUGCCACCAAGAGCACACCUCUCCAUUUUGCAGCAGCCAAUGGUGAUAUUACGAUGGUACAGCUGCUACUUCAAUCUGACUCCAAAGCUGCUUAUAUCCGGGAUGAAGAUGGGUAUUCGACCAUACAUGUUGCGGCAAAUGCAGGACACUUGAAAAUAAUUGAGCAAGUACUGGAGUACUGUCCUGACUCAAUGGGACUGACGAACAACACCGGCAGGAACUUCUUUCAUGUGGCAGUGGAGAAAAAGAAUUUAGAGGUGGUGAAGUAUGUGCUGAGAUCCCCAUGGCUCACGGAACUUGUGAACGCACAAGACGAUGAAGGAAACACGCCCUUGCACUUAGCGGUCAUCUCCCGGAACGAAAAGAUGGUCCAAGUCUUGUUGUCCUGCGCUAGUGUAAACGCUAGUGUCAUGAACAACUCGGGACGUACUCCCGUCGACCUCGCCUCCUCAAAAGUUAGAAUUGAAAUCGGCCUUCGAAUGUACAAUAUCAUGAUGGAUUUGAUGUCACAUGGAUCUCGGUUCAGCCCACAACGUAUCGAUCACAUAAGAAGUAAUUUAGAGAGGAAACAAGAUGAAGAAAUCAAUCGGUACAGGGCGUUGGCCAACAACCUUGCCAUUAUCGCGGUGCUCAUCGCCACAGUUACCUUUGCAGCCGCCUUUACCUUGCCGGGAGGAUACAAGAACAAUCCUGGACCCGAUGCGGGAACGGCCAUCCUAUCUGGCACAGCUGCUUUCAAGGCAUUUUUGAUCUCGGAUACCUUAGCGAUGGCCAGCUCUAUCAGCGUUGCGAUCAUACUCAUUCACUCUGGUUCUUUGGAUCAUGAUGUCCGCUUACGCUCUCUUAUGACUGCCAUGAAGCUGUUGUGGGUUGCAGCUGGUGGCAUGAGUGUAGCAUUUGCCACCGGUUUAUAUGUUGCGGUUGCUCCUGCCUGCGAGUGGCUUGCGGUUCUUGUAAGCGCCGUAGCCUGCAGUCUCCCCUUUGUUGCCUUUGCUGUCACUUACUGGCCUUCUGCCGACUACUUAAGCAGGGUAAAGGUUGGAAUGAUUCCCUUGUUAGAUCAAAUGGGGGACAGCCGUACUCGUUCGAAAAUUCUCGGUCAACUUGGACGUCGUCAGAUGAGCAGUGGAAAGCGUUGCAACGACAGUUUUGUGCGCUUACAGAUAUAUCAUAUGAAAGCCGCCAGAGACAGGAGACCCGAUAAUAUGAGCUUUGUAACACCUGCUUCUUCGAAGGAAAGUUUAUGUUGUUAGUCGACUGUCGGAAGAAGAAGUAAGUUCACUUUGGUAUUUAAUUAUUUAUCGCGCUGUCCGUUGUGCGUAUCAUCAACUGUCGUAUCCAUUCGGAGUUGUCUGCUCUAUUUAUAUUUGGUACAAUAAAACUUGCAAGUUUCUAUUUAU